AUGGCUGCAGUGAGCCCUGUAAAAAGCCUGCAGGAGGAAGCAACAUGUCCCCUCUGCCUGGAGUAUUUAACGGACUCGGUGAUCACAGCCUGUGGGCACAAUUUCUGCCACUCAUGCCUCAGCAGGUGCUGGGAGGGACCCGGCCCAGCUGCCUCCUGCCCUCAGUGCAGGGACCUUGUGCAGCAGGGACCCCCCCAGCCCAACAGGCAACUAGCCCAACAGCUGAGUCUACAGGCAGUGCAGGGAGCAGGCGGGGACGGGAUGUGCAGGGCGCACCAGGAGGUGUUGAAGCUGUUCUGUGAGGAGGAUCAAGCCCCCAUCUGUGUGGUCUGCAGAGAGUCCCGGGCGCACUGCAUGCACACCGUGCUGCCCAUAGCAGAGGCUGCCCAGGAGUACAAGGGGAAAUGCCAGGCCCAUUUGAAGACUCUGAGGGAGGAGAGAGAAAAGCUGCUGGGAUGGAAAGCGACAGCAGAAGGGAAAAGCCAGGAGUAUCUGAAAAAGACACAAGCCAAGAGGCAGAAGGUUCUGGCCGAGUUUCAGCAGCUGCGGCAGUUCCUGGAGGAACAAGAGCGACUCCUGCUGGCCCAGCUGGAGAAACUGGAUGAGGAAAUUGGGAGGCUCCAGACUGACACUGUCAGGAAACUCUCCGUGCAGAUUUCCUGUCUCAGUGAGCUGAUCAGUGAGCUGGAGGGGAAGUGUCAGAAGCCAGCGAGUGAAUUCCUGCAGGAUGUCAGAAGCACCUUGAGCAGGUGUGAGAUGGGGCCGUUCCAGCUGCCAGAGGAGAUUUCUCCUGAGCUGGACAAGCGAGUCAGGGGUUUCUCCUGGCAAACGACUGCGCUGUCGGAGAUGCUGAGGCAGUUCACAGACACACUGCCCGCUGCACUGGAGAGAGCAAGAGGAAAGACCCAGGGAGCUUUCAGACAGGCGACUGUGACUCUGGAUCCAGACACAGCUCAUCCCCAGCUCGUCCUGUCUGAGGAUCGGAAACGUGUGAGAUGGGCAGAACCACGGCAGCGACUGCCCAGCACCCCGGAGAGAUUUGACUCUGUGCCCUAUGUGCUGGGCCGUGAGGGAUUCACCUCGGGGAGACAUUGCUGGGAGGUGGAGGUAGGGGAUGGGCGAUACUGGGCUGUGGGGGUGGCCAGAGAGUCUGUGAGCAGGAAGGGAUGGAUGAGCUCUAGCCCUGAGGUGGGGAUCUGGGCUGUGAAGCAGUGGGGGCAUCAGUUCCAAGCUCUCACCUCCCCUGAGACCCCCCUAUCCUUGAACCCCCUCAGCAGGAUCCGGAUUUGUCUGGACUGUGACCGGGGGCAGGUGACAUUUAUCGAUGCUGGUGCCAAUGUCCCGAUCUUCACUUUCCCACCAGGCUCCCUCCCUGGGGAGAGAAUCCGACCCUGGUUCUGGGUAGGGGGCACAAAAACUCAGCUCUACCUGUAUCUCUGAAAUCAGCCUCUCUAGCCUCACCCACCCCAGUCUCAGUGACCCUGGAGACCUCUCCUGUACCCAGCCCCUGGCUCCUCAUCUCUAUGAUGCCUGAAAGCUCCUCCCCACCUCAGGCUGGGGACAGGCAGAGGUGGGGCUGGGUAGGAACAGAACUAAGAGCCAGGCAAAGUCCCUGCAGCUGCCCUCUGCACUCACCUAGGAGAUGGGCCUGCUGCUAGGCACAUCUGGGGCACAGUGCUGCUGUAGUGCCAGGAGAGCUGCCUUAUUCCCCCACUGAUCACCCUGAAGCAACAAGUCCCAAUGCCUGACAUUCUGCAACCCUGUACUAGGUUGUGACCUGUUGUUUGAAACCCACUGGUGUAGGCAGCCCUUUGCCUCCAGCAAA